CCUGAGUUUGCCUAAUCAUUUUACAAAGCCAUGCACCACUGCCUCCUACCUGUGUGUGAGUUGCACAGUUUGCCUACGCACCGCAUGAAGAAGUACUGCACUUUUUUUUUAAUCCGCCCUGAAUCUUCCAAAAUUCAGCUUCACCGUCCACAAGUUCUAGGGGCAUAAUUUCAAAAGUCGCCUCUCGCCUUUCCACUAAACUAAAAAGUCUCAGCAGUUGCAACCUUUUCUCAUAGGGAACCAAUGCUGAACAAGGUCCUCUUGGAGGUGAGCCGACCAGAACUGUACGCAGGAGAAGGAACUGAGAUCAGGGCUCCCAGGACUGUCUUGGUGGAAGAGCGCGCGCUUUAAGUGCAGAGAGAGAGAGAGAGCGCGCAAACAUACAGCCUUGGUGGGGAGCUGCUGCGCCUGUGCGCGCUUUCCUUGUUGCUGGUACAUGGCGCUUUAAGGAGGCUCGCAGCCCGCCCACUCCGCCGCCGCUCCUGACCCAGCCUCUGAACUUUUAAAGGGCGUCUCUCCUCUCCUUUCAUUUCCACCAAGUGUGGCGCGCCCGAUGUCUCUGUCCCGGAGAUGCCCUGCUGCAGCCGCGGCUGCUCUGCGGAUCCUGGGCACCGCUCCGGCCCGGGCCAUUCUUCCCGGGCGAUGCUACUGUGUCCGCGCAGCGCAGCGCCAGGGGCUGCUCUUCCGACAGCUCUUUGAAUCAGAAAGUUCCACAUAUACCUACUUGCUGGCAGAUUUGAAGACCAAGGAGGCGGUUCUGAUCGACCCAGUUCUAGAGACAGCCAAGAGGGAUUCGACACUGGUGAAGCAGCUUGGUCUGAAUUUGGUAUAUGCAGUCAACACUCACUGCCAUGCAGACCAUAUCACAGGCACCGGAUUGCUGAAGAAGCUUCUCCCAGGCUGCCGGAGUGUCAUCUCCAAACAUAGUGGCGCCUCUGCUGACCUCCUAAUUCAGGAAGGGCACACCCUCAAAUUUGGGGAUUUUGCCUUGGAAGCUCGUGCCACCCCUGGGCACACGGACGGAUGCCUGACGUAUGUGCUGAAUGACAAGGGUAUGGCUUUCACUGGCGAUGCCUUGCUGAUCCGGGGCUGUGGACGGACGGACUUCCAGCAAGGCAACCCAGAGACCCUGUAUCAGUCGGUCCACGAAAAAAUCUUCACACUCCCUGGCCACUGCCUAAUCUACCCUGCCCAUGACUAUACCGGCCAGACAGUGUCCACAGUAGAGGAAGAAAAGACCCUGAACCCUCGCCUCACCUUGCCCCGAGAGGCCUUCAUUGAACUGAUGAACAACCUGAAUCUGCCCAAGCCAAAACAAAUAGAUUUCGCGGUUCCUGCUAACCUCAAGUGUGGGGUCCAAGAUGUAGCCGCCUAGAUGCACCCUCUGACUUCCCCAAGGUGACCUAAGGCAUCCCUUGCAGCAAUGGGAUGGUUUCAUGGUGAACAAACCCAUCUCCUUACCACACUCUGGAGGAAGAUGGCAGUGAUUUCUUUGGAAAGAGGCGUGUUUCCUCAGAUACACUCUAAUUUGGUUUGGUUCCUGAUCCUCCUGCCUAUUGUGAUAAUCAGCCUCUUAAUUUCAACUCCAUGACCUCAGUGACCCACUUUUCUUUGUCAAUUUGCACUGGCUGGACAUUCCCAGCUCAACCAGGACUCGUCUGAUGUUUUUGUUUUCCAAGUAUGCACUGCAUCGAGAUUUCUGCCGGGCUUCAAGAUUCCUUGCCAGAAGACAGACAAGAGUCCCUUGCACUGUGAAUGUCCUGAAAACUCGGGUUUUGUGCCUGAGAAACUCUUGUUGCUAAGAAAAAAUAAAACGCAUUUGUUGUU